UUUUAGACUCCACAUGAGGCAGGAGCAAGCCGUUUCUAGCUGAAGUCAGAGUCAGAGGCUACCCAGUACGCUCUGUCCUCAGUAAUAGACUGGACAGAAAUUAUUCUUCCUUUUGAUAACAGCAGAGGCUAAAACCUACAGAGCGCAAAUAUGUCAAACGGCAGAGAUACCGAUGACCUCAAUGAAGAAGACAUUGAUGAGGAUGAACUCCUUGCUAUGCUUUCACCUGAGGAGCUUAAGGAGCUUCAGAGUGAGAUGGAUGUUAUUAUUGCCCCAGAUGACAGUGUACCGGUUGGACAGAGACAGAAGGACCAGACAGAAAAGCCUCCGACAGGGACGUUCGACCACAGAUCCCUAGUUGAUUACCUCUACUGGGAGAAAGAGUCCAAACGCAUGCUUGAGGAAGAACGAGUGCCUGCUACUUUGCUGCCCAGUGAGAAAACUUUGAUGGAGGAAGCUGAAAAGAAAGAAAAAGAAGAAAACACAGAGACUGUGGAAUAUGAAGAGUAUGAAGUGAUAGAGGAAGUCAUAGUGGAAGAGGCUGUAGAUGGUGCAGAUGGAGAGGAAAUUAUAGAGGAGAUAAUUGAGGAAAUUAUUGAAGAGGUUGAUGAGAGUGACGAAAAGGGCAAAGAGGUGGAAGUGAAAGAUGAGAGAGAGGUGAACCUACCUGUGAAUACAGAGAGUCAGGAAAAUAUAGACAAACAUGUAAGUCCUCCGGAAACCAACACAGAAACUGUAACAGAAAAAGAUGGCAAUCAGCCUUUGUUAGACACAGUGGAACAGACUGAGAGCUUAGCCCCCAAACACAGCAUGUCACACAUUGAGGAGAAAGAGGAAAUUAAAAUGACAGACUCUCUGCUUCCCAAAGAUGCUCCAGAGGAGCCAGAGAUAAAUGAAACCAAUGAUAAGCUUCCACAGAAAGAAGAGAGAAAAAUUAACAAAUUAAAAAUUCCAAAACUUGCACUCAACAACAUAAAAAUGACAUCAAGGCCUUCAGGAAAUGAGACAAACUUGGAGUCGACACUUGACAAGAUCCGGAACAACAACCCCUCUAUCACUGAGGUAAACCUCAACAAUAUAGAAAACAUUCCCAAAGAAAUGCUCUUGGACUACGUCAACGCCUUGAAGAAGAAUAAACAUGUGAAAACCUUCAGCAUAGCCAACACCGGAGUCGAUGAAAACAUAGCUUUCAACUUGGCCAACAUGUUGCGAGAGAAUCGGAGCAUUACGACUUUGAAUAUCGAGUCUAAUUUUAUAACUGGAAAGGGCAUCGUGGCUAUCAUCCGCUGCCUCCAGUUCAACGAGACUCUCACAGAGCUGCGAUUUCACAACCAAAGGCACAUGCUGGGUCACCACGCAGAGAUGGAGAUCUCACGUCUGCUCAAGGCCAACAACACCCUCCUGAAGAUGGGCUACCACUUUGAGCAGCCGGGGCCCAGGAUGGUGGUGACCAACAUUUUAACCAGGAAUCUUGACCGUCAGAGGCAGCUGAGGAAGGAGGAGCAGAAGCAGCAGCAACUGAAGGAGCAAAAAGAGCUGAUGCAGAUGUAUGAGAACAGUCUAAACCUGCCUCCUGGUUUACUAGAGAUGCUGGGGUACAUACCACCCCUAGAAUUCUUGCAGCAGCACGGGCUCGUGCCACCCUCGUCAGAACUGAGCACUGAGCCUCCAACACACAACCAGACAGAGCAGCCAGAGCCUAAGAAGCAGCUCAAACAUAAAAGCAUUCCCAAACAACCCAGUGCCGAACCAGCAAAUCCAUUAAGGGAUGUUCAGCUGAAGAGGACGCCCAAGAAACGUGACCCAUUUCUGGAGCUGGACCCAAGGGAUGACAGGAGACAAGAGAGGCCCAGUUUUCAACUGAGGAAGACUCCCAAAGUGAAGGAUGCUGGCAGUGGAGAGAUGACAGAUGAAAAACCCAACCUGACUGAUGUAAUUAAGACUUUGAAGCCUGUCCCUCGUAGACGAGUGCCGCCAAAAGUUGAGCUCACUCCACGUGAUCAGCUCCUAAAUGAGAUCAAAAAGAGCAAUGUGGCCUAUCUCAAAUCUGUGCCGCUCCCUAAAGUCCUGGAAUCAAGUGAAACAAGUCUCCUCUGAGGUUACAACUUGAGCUGUUUGUCUUCACCAUACUCUCUGUUUAUUUUAAACAUAUUUGGUAUCAGUCGUGCUAAAACUAUUCAAAGGAACUGAGUAAAUUAAAACACAGCUACAUUGUCAUUACAUAUGAAAAUUGUUUGCUGGUUGUUGUUCCAUUGAUGUGUUAUCUCACUAAAUGCUCGUCUUCUGGAAGUCAUAACAAUAAAGGUAUGAAAAUUAAAGUUCAUUGCAAAACAUGCUGUAUCUAAAUCAUAUUAAAAUGCAUUACCUCAUCAGUUUGCUUGUAGAGGGCUUUUGCACAUGAACAUUUCAAAAACAGAUUUGUAGAGUAGGUUUGUUUGAUUAAAUGUUAGAUGAUUCAUUAUGGAGCAAUGAAUGUACUUACCUUUUGCUAUAAAGAAAUCUUCUAUUCUUUG